AUGACCAAGACUGUUGAUGAAGCUAAGGUUCUUAUUGAGAAUCUUGCAGCUAGUGAUUGUAACAACUGUCCUGAUUAUGACCGCUCAAGCCGCACCACUACUAGCUCCCCUGAUUCUUUUCAAAUGACUGAACUCAAGAACAUGAUGGCUCAAGUUCUUAAGGGACAGCUCAAGCAUAUCAAUGCAAUAGAAGGGAUGAGUGAUGCUAAUGAAGACCCAUCAAGAGAAUGCAUGGGAGAUUUCUCUAAUGAAGCCAAUGAAGAAGAUGUGAACUACAUUGGAAACUAUGGGAACAAGGGAUACAAUCCAAGCUAUCGCCCAAACCCCAACAUGUCUUAUAGAAACCCCAAUGUGGAGAAUCCUCAAGACCAAGUGUAUCCUCCAAGGUAUCCACAACAACAAAGACCUCCUUACCAAUCUCAAGGAAGUCAAUUUCAGCCAAGGCAAGGAUAUGAGCAGAGAUCAUCAUAUCCGCCCAAGGAGCCAUAUGCUUCUUCACCAAAUCAAGCUCCUCCAAACCAACAAGGUGGGAGAUUUGAAGGAAUCCUCCAACAGAUCAUGGAUGGCCAGAAGAGAAACACUAAAGAGAUGUAUGAGAAGAUGGACACUUUGUUCAGCAAUCUCAACACCAAGUAUGAUGCUGUUGCCACUCAUGUGAAGAAACUAGAGACUCAAGUCACUCAAACUAUGGAAGCUGUUAAGAGACAGGAAGCUGAAUCCAAGAAGUCCUUUUGCAACUCAGCCGCCAUAGAAGAAAGAUUUGAAGACCAAGUUCCAGAAUGGAUGCUUUCAAAACCUACUGUUGAUUGCAUGAUUUGGCCUGAAGAGAAUUACCCAGAGAGAGAGUCCAAUCGAGCUAGAAAGAGAAGACUCUUCCCAAAGAUUAUCCCCAAGACAGAUAACUCAGGAAAGUUUGCUGUGCCUUGUAUCAUCAAAGGUAACAUUCUUGAGCAAUCUUUGUGUGACACAGGAGCCAAUGUGAACAUCAUGUCUAAGAGGAUAGCUGACAAGAUAGGCCUCACCAAGAUAGAGCCAUCAUCCAUCUCCAUCAACUAUGCUGAUUCAUUCUCACAAACCCCUAUGGCUUUGUGCCUAAUGUGA